UCGCGGUGCAUUGUGGGUGUAGUUCUUGAUGUAAACAGGCAAGUUGUUUUCCUCCAUUUUGGUGUUGGAAAACACGAGUCAUUCACAAUGUCUGCGUAUACUCAACCGUCGGAUAACGACGCAUAUGCCUUAUUGGCCCUCAAGUCAGCCCCGGCAAGUCCAUCCAAAAUUUCAUGGACCCCAGAAUCGAAGGGAACCGCCAUCGCGCGGUUAGAAGGCAGGGACUUCGAAUACAUGAUGCGGGGAAAUCGCAUCACCAUUGGUCGCAAUAGCAGUAAAGGCGAAGUGGAUGUCAAUAUGGGACAUUCGAGCUUCAUAUCCAGGGUGCAUCUUGAAAUAUUCUAUGAUCAGCCUAAUUUCUACAUGAAAUGCAACGGGAAAAACGGCGUGUUUAUAGAUGGCAUUUUCCAGCGGAAAGGAGCACCCCCGUUGCAACUUCCUCGAUCGUGCAUACUUCGCUUCCCAAGUACCAAUAUCAAAAUAGUAUUCCAUUCUCUGGUAGAAGAAACCCCUCCACCCCCUGCACAAAGCCCAGGGAAUGCCUCCCCAAAGAAGAAGGCAGCAUUAGCUCCCCUGAAGAUAGACAUACCUAAAGUGGAGCCAGUUGCCAGCAGCCCAUGUCCUUCUCCCACAGGCACGAUAAGUGCCGCCAACUCCUGUCCUACCAGUCCUCGAGGUGGAGCUAGUCAUCGUAGUUUUGUUCCUGAUUUAAAUGCUGUGUUUGCUGCAGCUGAUCCUAAGGAUGACAAAGACGCUCAAGUAGUUUCUGCCUGUGGGGAUGGACCUAAGGAUGAGUCCAAGCCGCCGUAUUCAUAUGCCCAGCUAAUAGUGCAAGCCAUUACAUCAGCAGUUGAUAAGCAACUGACUCUUAGUGGAAUUUAUGCUUUUAUUACCAAAAAUUAUCCAUAUUAUAGAACAGCUGACAAAGGCUGGCAGAACUCAAUCCGUCAUAAUCUUUCAUUGAACCGCUACUUUGUGAAAGUUCCAAGAUCGCAAGAAGAACCUGGUAAAGGAUCAUUUUGGAGGAUUGACCCAGCAUCUGAAGCUAAAUUAACAGCACAAGCAUUUAGGAGACGGAGACAGAGGCACGUGCCUUGCUUCCGAACACCGUUUGGAGGACUCUCAACACGGUCAGCGCCAGCUUCCCCAAGCCACAUGUCAGGUGCAUUCACACCCGACUCCAUGUCUCGGGAAGGUAGUCCAAUACCUGAGGCAGCAUCAGAAACUGAAGUGGCUCAGUCAAGUCAUCUCCAACCACCUCAUCAGCUGCAGCAGCCAAAUCUUCAGUCCAUCGCUGCUGAACUUAGAUUUACUCAAUCAGCACCAGGCUCUCCAGCAGGGUCACGGGUGCUGUCACCAGUGACAGUGACAGCCAGCAAUGGCACAGCCAUUCACCAGCUGCCUCCCAUCAUCACCAAACCUCAGAUCAUUGUCUCCAACCCUGGACAGGUUAUCCUUAAUGGCCCAGCCAUCGCAGGCACCACCUUAACAAAUGGGACACACUUAGAAAUUAAGAAAGAAAAUGCUGACUUUUCUCAGGGUGCAUCAAAGGCAGCAUCACUGGUGACGCCCCAGUAUGCUGCUGCUCUGAAACCUGUGAAGGUAAUGGCUGGCCAGGUGGUCACAACUGGUCAGUCUGGGGUGGCCAUGGCAGCAGUGUCUCAGGCUACAUCAGCUGCCACAUUGAUGUCAACUCAGCCACUCACCCUGAUAUCACAGCCAGCAGUGCAGCUGGUCCAACCAGUUACAAUGCAGGCUAUGCAGGCACAGGGCAACUACACAGCGGGAGCACUGGCCACUGAGGUCAAACCUGGACAAUAUGUGGUGACCAGUGUUGCCCAAGGAGCACGAGCCAUGAAGAGAGAAACGGAUUCAGCUGAUGGAAAAUCUGAAGAUACUGAAAUUAAACGCGUUAAGAUUGAGACCAGUGAAGCAAGCUAAUAGAAUAAUCACAGAUGGUGAUUCAACUGUUUUACUGCUGGAAGUGGUUUUGAGGGACAGAGGAUGAAAGCGAUGCCAUAGUUGAAGUUGUGCUUUUUGUUGGACUUGUGAUAGGGACACUGAUUGAACUGUGCAGUCAAGACUAGACAAGUGUCCUUUAAACAAAUGUUUAGGUUAGGACAGGUUUUACUGUUGGGUAAGUCCACAUCUUAAUGAGAUAUGACUGAAAAGCUAUUUUAAUAUGUUAGGAAGUUUGUAGAAGACAGUGUCACAAGUGAUUAAUGAGAAGGUAAUAUGAUGACUUAGUAGCAUUAUCAUCCAAACAUGAACUACGCCAAGGGCUGACAGUAAAGUUGAUUUUAAAAUUUGGACAAUCAUGAUAAUAAAAUACUUGAGCUUAUACUAGAAGAAGAUCAUUUAGGUGCUUGCAGGGCUCAAAACUAUCGGUAUCAAAAUUGCCAUGUUUUGCUGCUUGAAUAAUAGGGUGAACAUUGCGGCCCAUUUGUUGGACUCCUCUGACAAUUGUUAAGAUUUUAUUUAAUUUGUGCUACAUUCUAUCAAUAGCUUUAUUUUAUCAAGCUUGUUAUGGCAUGUUUGUAUUUCGGCAUCAGAGAAAUAUAUAUAGCUCUCUGAAGAUAAACUGGCAGCAUAUUAUUGCUCAUUUGCCAAAAAGAAUAUUUUUUGCCCUGGUUUAAUUUGAAGCUCUAUAGUGACGGUUGCCCAGACAUAGUCAUUAAACUCUCGUUAGUUAUGGUAUGUGUAGCUUUUGAAGCUGUGAUAAUGCUUUAAUACUAAGUUGAAAUGGCAUUUAUUAUUUGUUUCGUCCAUUCUUAGGACAGUUGAGAUAAUAAGGUGUAGUAAUAAACAGCUGUUUUGCCAUUACCUUCAUCACACAUCUGCAUUGAUCAUGUAUCAUGAGAAAUAUAUGAAUAUAUACAUAUAUAUACAUAUAUAUAUAUUAUAUCAUACCAUUUGUGAACACAUAAUCAGUGUAAUCAUCUCUCAACAUUAGUCUCAGACGAAAAAGAAAUGCUCUCUAUUUUCUUGUCAAAGGAUCAACGCAGAGAUGUUGUCCUAAACUAUUCUAAGACAAGACGCUUGGUUGGAUUAAGAGUGUAGUUGAGAGUGAGUUGAAGAGAAUUCUGCCUUCCGAAGUAUUCCAUAACUUAAAUCUAUUAAUGUCUUUGUUGCCUGUUGAUAUUUGUUUUAGUGUCAUUUUCUCCUUCGAGAAAUGUCACUUUAAAUUGUAAAUUUUUUAUCCUUACACUUUUGGUUGUUGUUUGCGCAUGUAGUUUUUGUAAAUACGACAUAUUACAUGACAAACUACAGCUGAUUGUUUUCUGUGAAUUUAUGACAAGAAGGUAUAGAUUGGUUUUGUUGCACACUGAUCAUUGCCUGGUGUUGAAGGAACGUUAUUAUAUAUUGAAUUUCAAUGAUGACGGUACUGACGAUAGGCUUUUUUAAAAAUGAAUUUGAAGACAGAAAUUGAUCAGUAAAUUGACAGGCAUGAUAUUUUGUCAAGUCUGUUAGCAAACAACAUCAGGUGCGCUUGUCACAGGUCUGUUAGUGUUAGAACUGUUGUAACUCUUGGAGUGACAUAACCUUACAAUAGUCUUAGCACCAAGAUCACCUUGUGCAGUGUGGAUCCAGAAAUGAGUAGUGACUGCAAAGAUUGUCGUUUUGUCUUGCCAGCGAUAACAAUGUGUCAAGACGAUAUUUGAUAUGGUUACACAUUUGUCACUCAGCUCUCAUUUCACUUACUUCAUACUCAUCUUGCAAGUCUUGUACACACAUGAUCACAGUUCAUUGUGGAACUGUGUCAACAGUUAGAAUAAUUAAUUCAUUCAUGGGCAUCACUGAUCGUUCACCCAGUUCAUGAAACUAGUGGCCCAUAAGAGGUGUCAGUUCUCAACUGAAAGUCCUUAUUGUUUGGCCUUGUGUCAAAUAAUAUUUGUGAAGUGCUAUUAUGGUGUUAGAACUAUUGUAGUUAUAUGUAGUGUAGAAUUUCAUUUGUUUAUAUUUGCCACUUAAUUACCUGUCUGAAAAUUCUGGUAUCACAUGCAGCAAUUGUUGUGAACUUGUAGACAAGCAAAUUUAACAGCUUCAGUAGUGUUUCCUGCUUUAACCAGAAAGUUCCGUGUAGCUGUUGAACAUUGUAAACAGCAAACUGUAUGUGCCAUUCUGUCGGUAAUUCUUUUAUUUCAUGGUUACUAACAAAUUUCUGUUAUGUCAUCUGCUCUAGUAAGGGUUUGAUGUUAGCAAUAAGAUGGUAAGUUCUUUUCUUUGGGGGAUUUUAUUUCAAUUGUUUUGUUUUUUUAAAGACUAAUAAUUUUGAAAAAUGGUCCUGUGGAAACAUUUGUGUUUGUUAGUGCAUGGUUAUUGUAUAGGGCUGUGUAUCAGUUGUAACUGAACAAGUGUGAGGUAAUCAUAUUUCCUUGCUGUUUCCAGAGAAUUUUAACUUGUCUCUUAGAUAAUCAGCUUCACUCAUUCUUGUUCUCUAAAUCAGUAAUCUGUUUAGAUGGUGAACGAAUUAAUUUUCUAGAACUAUCAACAGAUUUUGCUUUGUUUUCUCAGGAAAUUGAUAAUCCUUAAAUUGGUUUGUCUCAUUUUAAAUGGAAUUCAGUCUUAUUUGAUUCAAAAUUGAUGUAAACAUGCCAAUUGCCAGCUUUUUUUUUAAUAGAAAUCCUAACUUGUUCCUGAUUUAGUGUUUUAUUGUAUUUUCAUUAUAUUGUUACCUAUAUGACAUUUAUGUGUCUCUGAUCAAAAUUGUCCACACAUGUCCAGUAUGGUUUUAGUAUGAAAUAUAUGUGUAUUUGUGUAUACAUGAUCUACCUGCUUAUACAGUGAAACCUUGUUAUCUUGACACCUGUUAUGUGCAGGUAUGUAAUUAGAUAUACAUUGUUUGGAUUGGCAAACAGUGAUUACAAAACUCUUGAUUCUCUCUGUUAUUACUAUGUCCUGGCUUGGGUUAGCAUCUAACUUCAUUCAAAAAUGUGGGUGGUGCCAUAUUUACCCUAUCAGUCCAUCAAUAUGCGUUUUGAUUGUCCAUUCUGUUUGAACCAAGUUUAUGUAUAUUAAGCCAUUUUGGUCAGUGAUUGUGUCAAUGUUAGGAGACUUGUGUUUUCAGACAUUUUCAUAAAUGUACUAGGCAAAGUAUUUUGACUGAGGGUGUCUGGAUAAUUAAGGUCUCACUGUGUCAAGCAUUUCCAUUUUGUAUUGACAACUGAAUAAUAAGAUUUAUGAUGGAGAGUUUUCACAUGUGCUUUCUACAAGGAAGAUACAGUAAAAAAACCAAAACCAAAUGCUUAAAUAUAGAUCAAAUAAUAGUGGAAUAAUUGUUAAGAAUAGACCUGUAUUAGGAAUUCGUUCAGAUCUGCAAAAGGCAUUUGUUUAUAUACCUUGGUAACCCAAUAUUUUAGGACCAUGAAAAAUUUAAUAGAUAUUCUGACGUUUGUUCAUCAGCAAAACUCCAGAUAUUAUUUUAUAUUUUGCAGGGUGACCAAAUCAAAACAGUUCUUUAACGGAAAUAUGUUCCUAACUUUGAAAGUUUUAUCUAAAUUGUAUGAUGCUCCAAGAUUAUUUAUUUUCAACUGUGAGGAGACUUGGGAAAGGUUCAGUCAUUGAGUGAAAGAAGACAUCAUUUGGUUCAAACCAUUGCUAGUGUGUGUAAAGUCUGAAAACUGUUAUUGACUGUUGAGUGUGUAACCCCUCGUUGAAUACAUGGCAUAAUAUUACUGGUCAUCUGUCACUCGUUAAUGUGUACAAUAAAAAUUGACUUCCCACGUGCUGAGGGAUUUCUUUUUUACUGGAAUACAUCUAUGAUGGUGAUAUUAAGGACACCUGGACCCAUUUCCACAACCCGGUCUGAGAGUUAAGACUAUGGUACUCUCAUACACUACAUACAUACACUAGUCAUAGCAGCACAAAGAACGAAUGUGGAGUUGGGCCCUGGCAUUUGUAUUGUAAUAAAAGGUUGACGCUGCAAAACUUGUGUGUUUCAUGUUCAGGAGUUAUCGUAGUACAGUUGUAUAAAAGCAUUAAAUAUUCAUCCACAGGACACAACAUAUCCGUUCUCAUACUGUUGAAACUUGUGAAGUAUCUCAGUGUUUAUUGUCAGUCCAAAUGUUGAUUUCAUGCUUUUAGAAUGCUUUUUUUCUAUUUUGAAAAAAGAUAUCCUAGGAAGACGGGGUUUGCCCAGAAUUUGGCAUAAUGGCAGUGAUAGGAAUGUGUCUGCAACUGCAUUGUUUUCAGUUUACAUAAAUCACUAGUAUUUACUCACAUACCAGAACUGUUUACAUAAAUUACAAGCAUUUGCACUCAUACCACAACUGUUUUAGACACCUUGUUUGUUGGCUGUAUAUUAUCUAUGAAAGUGUAACUCUUCCUGUCUCGUUCGGUGUAGUAUGGUGGCCUUCCCAGCACAGUUCUUGUGGUGUUACAAUUGUUGCAGUUUUGUUGUUGUUGCAUUAUGACCAAGAUGCAAUAGAUAAUUGAAUAGAUACAACUGUCUUUGAUGUUGUCGCUCAGACCCUUGCUUUGACAGCAGGGGAGAUAACUCAUGCCCCACCUAGGGAAGUUUGUUGAUUGUAUUUGCUAGUAUCAAAGCUCACACAAUAUUACAUAGAACAGCAGGUAGUACAACUGAUGACACAAGGAGUUUGAUAAACCAAUGUUGUGUAUCUCAUGUUUUACUGGGUAUGUUUUUAGGUUAAUGUAAUCAGGUAAUGAUUGAAUCAAGAUAUUUCUCUCAAAUCCAAAUUCAAAGCAGUAAGGAAAUGAAUGGAUGUUCUUUGAGGGAUAAGUUAUGUCAUUUCUACCUUACAUGUGAUACUUAUUUAAUUCAUUUUGGUAAUAAAUAUGAAAUAUCAUAUGUGGGAUUGUGUUUUAAAAUUGUGGGGAAAAAUACAACAUUGCCUUUGUAUUUCAUGAGUUGGAACUGAAAUAAGUUUGAUAAUAUGGUCUUUGCUUCAAGAGAUAGGUCUGAAGUAUGUAAACAUGAGCUUGUUGCCACACAGAAACAAGAUACUGAGGAACUUUGGCUGCCAUUUGGCACAUCACAACAGCUAUGUCCUGAAUUGUGUUCAGUGUGUUGUGUUCACUUCACUUGUACAUGUAGAAACUAUUUACCCAUCUCCCACUCUAUACUUUGUAGAACAUACAGACGUUCAUAAGGACAUUACAGACUGAGUAGUGUCACCAUUUGAUCAAUCAUGUAUUCAACUCUUGACCAUGAGAGUAGAUUAUAUGGUAAUAAUGCAUAUAAUGAUAUUUAGCUUUCAGUUGAACUAGACAUUUUGAUGUGAUUUAAUUUUCACAUUACAGUCAUAUGGGAUCGUUUUAGAAAUGGAAACUGAUACUUAUCUGGAAUCAUGUACACACAUUCGUUAUCAUUUCAUUGUCAAAUUUUGUACGAGGUCAUUAUGAUUGACCUAUUGUUUCAUUUAUUAUUUUCUGUCAGUCUGUGAUUUAGAAUAUUGUAUGUGUUAACCAGUACAGCUGCCCACCCCCAGUUUCCAGUGUGUAUAAUGCAGAUAGACUGUACAUGAUCUUUGUGUUCAAACAUCAUGUGGGGAGAUUUGAAAUUGUUCUAAAUUUUCUACUACAUCUGUGGCUAUAAUGUGUGUCAGCCAGUCUUUCUGUAACUUGCUUUCAUGUACAUAGACCCAACGCAGUCUUUGCAUGUAGUUUCAUAGCACCUCAUGCUGAUGAUAUGUUCAAUACUGUAUGUGUUUUCUGUUGCAAGUAUGUGGAAAGUCAACUUAGCCAUUUAUUCAGAGCUGCCUAUUCACAGGUGGCUUGUAUAAAUAAAAGUGUAUUGUUUUAAAGUCCA